UGUGAUAAAAUGUCGUUUGGCAGUCACUUGUUUUAUUUAUUUUAUCCGGACUGGACGGGGUAAUUAUGUCAGACGAGCAAAAUUUGUGGAUAUUUGGUUAUGGUUCUUUGAUAUGGAAGGUAAACUUUCCAUUUUUGAGGAAACUUACUGGAUUCAUCAAAGGAUACGAGCGAAGAUUCUACCAGGGAAGCAGUGAUCACAGAGGUGUUCCAGAGAAGCCUGGAAGAGUCGUUACACUUCUGGAAAAUGCCGAGGAAAAAGUUUGGGGAAUUGCCUAUGAAAUUGCAGCAAAGGAUAUACCCAGUGUGAUUGACUACCUUGACUUCCGAGAGAAGAAUGGCUACAAGGCAACAUGGGUAACAUUCCAUCCUCAAGAUACUUGCCAUGAUCCUUUUGAAACAAAGCUUUACAUUGCAACACCUCAGAAUGAAUUUUAUCUUGAAAAUGUCGUUUGGCAGUCACUUGUUUUAUUUAUUUUAUCCGGACUGGACGGGGUAAUUAUGUCAGACGAGCAAAAUUUGUGGAUAUUUGGUUAUGGUUCUUUGAUAUGGAAGGUAAACUUUCCAUUUUUGAGGAAACUUACUGGAUUCAUCAAAGGAUACGAGCGAAGAUUCUACCAGGGAAGCAGUGAUCACAGAGGUGUUCCAGAGAAGCCUGGAAGAGUCGUUACACUUCUGGAAAAUGCCGAGGAAAAAGUUUGGGGAAUUGCCUAUGAAAUUGCAGCAAAGGAUAUACCCAGUGUGAUUGACUACCUUGACUUCCGAGAGAAGAAUGGCUACAAGGCAACAUGGGUAACAUUCCAUCCUCAAGAUACUUGCCAUGAUCCUUUUGAAACAAAGCUUUACAUUGCAACACCUCAGAAUGAAUUUUAUCUUGGACCUGCACCAUUAACAGAGAUUGCAAACCAAAUUUUGCAUUCCAAGGGCCCUAGUGGAACAAACUAUGACUACCUACUCAACUUAGCUCAAGGCCUUCGAGAUAUUUGUUCAGAUGUAAAGGAUGAUCAUAUAUUUCAACUAGAAGUCUUAGUGAGGAAGGGUUUAUCCAAUACCGCCUCUAGUUGCCCUUUAUCUUAAUUAAUUCUUCACAGUCACCUAAAUUUUUGCAAGCCUGGCUCAUACAUUCCAAAAUUGACCUUAAUCCCAAAAGAUUUAUCAUGAAGUUUAUAUUUGAACAUUAGAAACCCACUCAUGUGAAAUUCCAGAUUCUUUUGAGCCACAUGUAAUGAUUGAAAACUUACGUAAGUUUUGAAAAGAAUGUUCCCUAAAUGCGUAUUAAGUAUUUCAUUCUUACAUAGAGUCAAAUGAACAUUAUUUUACCCUCUUGUUGCUUGGUAUGUUAAUGUGUUUAAAAUAGAAAGGAAAACUGAGACUUCCAGUGUCAUUCCCAACUGGAAUCAAAGAACUAUACUUAGUGACAGUUUAAGGUAUUCAAGAACUUUAACAAGUUUGUUAACCCUUUACAUGCUCUGCUAUAUUUUAUAAUCCAACUGACUGCUUAGUAGAGUGCAAAUAAUAUUGAUAAUUAUUGUUAUUUACAGUAUUUACAAUAAUAAUUAAUUACAAUAUUUACAAUAAAAAUAAUUAAUUACAAUUAUAAUAAGGAACUGAUUUGUAACAUGAACGAUUUUUGAUGUUAAUUGUUGUUUGCAUAUAGUAAUUAAGUAAUAUACAAGUAAUAUGAAAGUAUAUAGUUAUUAAGUUAUUUAUUUAGUUUUUACUAUUUUUAAUAUUGAUGCUGAAAAGCCCUUUUCAGGGAUGCUCAAUAAAGUGUAGAAUAAGAACAA